AUGAGUGACGCGCCUGCAGGAUCCUCAUUUGCCUUGAGGAGUCGACUGUCUCAGGCGUCUUUCUCUCGUGAGGUGGAGGAGUUGGUACAUGAAGAGGAUGAGGUACCUAAGGUUCACCCCGAGCACGACGAGGAUACUCAGGACGCACAAGAGGGCGGCUACCCGGGAGGGCCUUCAAACACGUCUAUCUUGACAUACUAUCAUGACCAUGCCGCUCGACAUAUUUGGAAUGCCGAGGCACAAAUGUUCAUAAAAUCCGUGAGCCAUUCGAGAAAAAUAUAUGAUCUCUUUAAACCGCAGGCUCAGUGGUUUAAUGAUGUUGUUGCCGGAUCAUGUCUUGGCGGAUUGUGCUGUACCGGAUAUGUCACUAUUAGCCACGACAUGCAGUGGGAAUUUGUCGAAAGGUGGCACAAGGAGACGUCGUCUUUCCAUUUUCUCGUUGGGAGUUGA